AACCAAAGAGAAAAAUUAAAAAAAAAAAAAAGGUGAAUGCCAGUCGCCAGAGAGCCAAAGGCAGAUCUAUGACUAUGAGUGACAAGGAGAGAUGCCGCAAAGACUCUAGAGUAGCAGAGACUGAGCGUAGAGAUAUGGGAGAAAUGGAGGCUGACAAGGAAGAGAGGCAACUCCGCAGUAGAAUCGCCAAAAUCUUCGACGAGGCCAAGACCUCCAACGCCACCCACAUUCGGAAGCUCAAGGACCUCUCUUCCGUCCUUGCCAAGGCCUCCUCUCCUCGCCAGUUCGCUGCCGCAUUCUGCAGGGUUUUGACUCCUCUUUUCUGCAUCCAGCGCCGGACUUCUUCCGCUGAGCGCAUCGUCCGGUUUGUCUCCGCUUUCGCCUGCGCCCGCGCGUCUUCCGGCUGUGACCAAUUUCUCGAAGACUUGGUCCAGUUCUUGCUAGUCGCUUCUGCUGCUGCAAAUAAGACUGCGAGGUUUAGGGCUUGCCAGAUGAUUUCUGAGAUAAUCAUGAGGCUGCCUGACGAUGCGGAAGUGAGUGAUGAUGUCUGGGAUGAUGUGAUUGAAUGCAUGAAGUUGCGUGUUCGUGACAAGGUUUCUUUUAUUCGCACAUUUGCUGUUCGAGCUCUUUCCCGAUUUGUGAAUGAUGCCGAGAACAGUGACAUCCUUGAUUUGCUUCUGGAAAUGCUUCAGCUGGAGCAAAGUGCAGAAGUUCGUAAGACCAUUUUGCUAGCUUUGCCACCAACAAAUGCCACCUCACUUCUGAUUAUUGAUUGCACCUUAGAUGUGAGCGAGGCAGUUCGCAAAGCUGUGUACUCUGUUAUUGCCAGUAAAUUCCCCUUAAAAAGUCUCAGUUCUUUUUUUUUGUGGCUGCCUUAUUAAUUCAGCAUAAAGCUGAGGACACUUAUCCUUCAGAGAGGACUUGGUGAUCGUUCCAUUAUUGUCUCAAAGGAGUGCCUGAGGCUGUUGAGAGAUGAAUGGUUUUCUAAGUCCUGCAAUUAUGAUCCUAAAGAGCUUUUGAAGUAUUUGGAUGUUGAGACUUACGAAUUUGUUGGAGAAGCUGUGAUGGAUGCUUUGUUGAAAGAUGGCUCGAUAAAGUUACAUGAUAAACAAAGCAUCCAAGAGUACAUCGUUUCUACUGUUACUGAAAAUGAAGGAGAUCCAGCAGAUUCACCUCCCAGUAUUCAGCUUAUGGAACCAGAGUCUGCUAUUUAUUGGAAAACAGUGUGCAGGUUCUUACAAACAAAAGCACAAGCCAAAGGCUCCGAUGCUGCUGUAACAACAGGCACUGAAGCUGCAAUGUAUGCAGCUGAAGCUUCAGAUAACAAUGACUUGUUGGACAAAAUACUUCCGGCUACAGUUUUUGAUUAUGUAGCUCUUGUCAGAGCUCAUAUAGAUGCUGGAGCAAACUACCGCUUUGCAUCUCGGCAACUGCUACUACUUGGUGCCAUGCUGGAUUUUUCUGAUUCUACAAGCAGGAAAAUAGCCGGUGCCUUCCUGCAAGACCUGCUGCGUAGGCCCUUAGACUUUGAAAUUGACGAGACUGGGAUUGAAGUGGUCAUUGGAGAUGGGUUAAACCUGGGCGGUGACAAGGAUUGGGCUGAUGCUGUAACCAGUUUGGCAAAAAAAGUCCAUGUUGCAAUUGGAGAAAUCGAGAGUGCUGUUCUUGGGGUUGUAGAAGAACUUGCCAGGCCUUGUCGGGAGAGGACUGCUGAUUUCAAGCAAUGGAUGCACUGCCUGGCUGUGACUGGUCUUCUUUUGCAAAAUGUAAAGUCGUUUCACUUGCUUCAAGGGCAGGCUAUCCAACCAUCCGAGUUGCUGCAGUCUUUGCUGCUUCCUGGGGCGAAACAUGCUCAUUUAGAUGUGCAGAGGGUUUCUGUUCGAUGCCUUGGUCUUUUCGGCUUGUUAGAGAAGAAGCCAAGUGAAGAUGUGGUGAAGCAGUUAAGGGUUUCUUUCAUAAAGGGUCCAGCUCCUAUCAGUACAAUGGCAUGUAAGGCUUUAAUAGACCUUGCGCUUUGGCAUGGUCCUCUUGAAGUCGAUAAGGCAUUGAGGCCGGGUGAUGCCUCUCAAUUGGAGCAGAUCAAAAUGGCAUUUACUGCUUUAAACUUCCUCGAUGCUGAUGAUAAUAUGGACGCUGAGUUUCUGGACCUUUUGUAUGCUGGUCUUGACAGAACUGACUGGGGGAAUUCGGUAGAAAGUGAUGAAAGUGAAAUUAUGCAAGCAGUUAUCGGUGAGGGAUUGGGGAAAAUUCUUCUCCUAAGUGAGAAUUAUACAAGCAUACCAACUUCUUUACACCCUUUGCUCUUGGCCAAGCUUAUUGAGUUGUAUUUUAGUGAUGAAACCAGUGGUUUGCAGAGGCUGAAACAAUGUUUAUCUGUCUUCUUUGAACACUACCCUACACUUUCAGCUAAUCACAAGAAGUAUUUGUCUAAGGCGUUUAUUCCAGCAGUGCGUUCAAUGUGGCCGGCAAUCUUUGGAAAUGCUGGAGGAACUGCUGUCAUAGUGUCUAACUUGCGCAAACAUGCAACCCAAGCAUCCCGGUUCAUGGUCCAGAUGAUGCAUGCUCCAUUAUAUGCUGUGCAUGAUGAGACUGAGAAUGCAGAGAGUGGUACUGGAUCAGUGGAAAAUGCAAACCAUUCAUCAGGACCUUCACUUGAAUGCAGAGAGGAAGGACUUGCAGUACGCAUAGCUGCAGAGCUUGCCAGCUUCACAGGGAAGAGAACAGCUGCAGAGAGGUCAUACAUGUCAGCACUCUGCAGAACACUAGUCCUGAUCCAGUUUCAUCCAUCAGAACAAGACGCGAUAAGGCUAAUGAGACGUCUUUUGAAUCAUCUGACUGCAAAUGUACAUUUAGAGAAAGAUGCCAUGAAAGAGUUGAAGCUGAUGGCUGAACGUCUUGAGUCAGUUGACAGUCGACCAGAGGAGGCACUUGCGCUGGAACAGGCCAAUCUUAUACUUGGUAAGCUGGAGUUGGACUUCAACUUGGAUGUCAACGUUCCUGCUGCUAGUUGUACGAUCCCGCAAACGCCAGCUCGCCCUCGACCAGGUAGAGGAGCAAGCCGGUCGAGGAGGCGAGCGAAGGACGAUGAAGAAGAAAUGUCUUCGGAAGAAGAAAGUUCGCCCGUGUCAGUUCCGGUAGCUGCAGGGAGUAGCCGGUCGCAGAGGGCGAGCAAAACUGCAGCAUUGACCAAGAUGAUGAGUACUGCCAACAGAGUUGCUACGGCAAGAAUUGAGGAAGACGAUGAAGAUGAAGGAGAAGAGUCGGAGGUGACGUCACAAGAUUCUGAUGACAGUGACGAGGAAGAGUUCUUCUAAGGUUUCCCUUUUCAGAACAUGCGUAUAGGUGCUGUGCUUCCUCGGCACUAGUUCCAUUGCAUUGACGACAUUCCAGAGUUUAGUUUCUGUUAUUGUUAUUAUGUCCACUAGGUAAUGGGAACAACUGUGUAUCGUAUGUGCUCUGUGAUGGCCUGAAUUGGUGUCUGUGUGUUUUCACAAGCAUGUUAAGGCUAUUCCUACUGGGCAUUCCAUAGUUCUCCCAUACUUAUCCAAAACCAACAAAACAUACCAAGAAGACAUCAAAGAGUACAAAACAUAACCUAGGUCUA